UGCGAACCUCUAUAAGCACACGUCUUCAUGAAUCAGCCCCUUUACACCUCACCUACAUACAUGUAUAUAGACUAAUACAGUUACAUCUCCGUAACUAUAUCUAUCUAUAAUGAUUUUGAAUUCUAUUCAUACGACAGGUUUUUCUUUCGGAUACGACUCGAAUUCUGAGGUUAAUGAUGAGCGAAAUCGUUUGAAAGUCUCAGAAAGCUGGCAUUGUCGCCGUGCGAACACUGAUGACACGGAUAGUGAUGUCAGUGCAACCGACUCCUGCACCAGCGAAUCAGACGACGAGGAUGGAGUAUGGCAACAGGAAGGGGCGUGGCUUGACAAGUCAGAUGACGAAUCCUCCGAUUCUGAAGACGAGGAAGAGUCGAUGAAAUAUGUCAAUACUGAGACAGUUAGUGAGGCGUUGAACUACGUCAUGACGAUGCCUGACCUCUGUGAUGUCACUUUCUUUGUUGGCUCCGAUUUUACUCCUGUCCAUGGUGUGAAAGCGAUUUUGUCUACACGUAGCAGAGUAUUCUACCAAUUGAUAUUAAGGGCAACUAAAGAACUCCACGAUGCAACUUCCAAACUCAGAAAGUCCAAGAAAAAACGAAAUUUUAUUAUCCAAAAGCCGAUGGUGACCAUUUCUGAUGUUAGUGUGGGUAUCUUCACGAAUAUCGUUCGCUACAUCCAUACAGGCCGUGUUGACAUCAAGCCAAACGAAGUAGCAGAGUUGAUUUGUGCAGCUCAGCGUUACGACGUGCUCGAUUUGGUUGAAAUCUGCAAAAACUUUCUGGAGACCUGUACAUCUACCUGUUCCAUUCACACCGUCCUUAACUCAGCUCGAAAACUUCAAGGUCACGUCAUUGCACAAAAAAUCGUCGUUAAGAUGACAGAACGCUUGAAUAACUUGGACGCAACGAAAGCGAUGUUGUUUAGGAAGGAAGCGUUCCAAUGA